AUGUAUCAUAUGGAUAACUAUAGGCAAGCACUUGUCAAUUCCCUCUCAGAGCGUAGGGAUCACUACGCCCGGAAUUGGGUAUGGGUUGUCUUAGGCCACUGGAAUCAAGGAACCCUUACCAUGUUCUGGAGUCAUUUCACCCCUGAGAACCAUUGCCACAACAUCCAGCCUCGGGAGGCGGCCCUCUGGUAUCAUUUCGACCAGCGAAAUGCCGUCGAGAUUCUCAAAUGCUAUUCGUUGGCUUCGAUCCACGACAGCAGCGGGCCGGCCCAUGAAGCAUAUCAAAGCCAAAUCCGGCGGCUCCGCUUCCAAGAUACCGAAUGCUUUGACCAUAACGAGAUGCGCUGUUAUCUCUUAAAGAUGAUGGAAACUCUCAACGAGUACUUCUUUCUCGCCAUGUUUACCACGCCAGUGCUGACACAAGACGAAACAACAGCCAACCUAGUUUCAAUCGAUGUAAGAAUGGAAUACAAUGACCAAAAGUACGGCAUGUUUGAUGAAGUUGCUAACAGGAUCACCCUCUAUGUACAGGACGCCAGAGGUAGAAAUUUCAACGGCGAUAGGCUACUUUACGCCUUAGCGCACGAGAUGAUGCACGCUUUCAUUCAUCUGUUCGGCUUCGAACUAGAUCCUCAUGUGAGAGAGUGCAUGAGGCGCGAAGCACAUAGUGGUGCGUUCUGGGCUGGUCUGGAGUUUGUGUAUUGGCGGUUGUGGCAGAUGGCACCAGACUCGAAUAUUCUCACCCAUUCCGCGUUUCGGACCCGGCAGCGAAGAUGGGACACGGAAGGGGAUACGCCUAUGGCGAGAAACGGUCUCGGGUUGGCCUUCUUUUUGGGUUACGAGUGUGUCGUCAACACGCCGGUUACGCUCGACACGUGUGAGGCUUGGGAUGUUGCUGAAUUGGUUGAAACGGAUGAAAUUCCGGGUCAAAUAUCAAAUAAAAUGCCAGACGAAUUGCCAAACGAAGUACCAGAAGAAGUACUACAAGGAAUUCUGAAUGAUAUGCCAGAUGACAACGUGGGUGCCAGAUCUCGUCGCGCAACCAUGUAA